AAGCUAUUCUCCAAAGCUGCUGAAGGCAGGACAAGAAGCGACGGAUGGAAACCAAUCAAGGAGAGAAGCAACCUGGAACUAAGGAGUAAAAUUCCUAAUGGUUACAGCAAUCAAUCAGGUGGAAUAGCUUGAAGUUGUGGCUGCUCCAUCCAACACUGUUAUUCUGUUCUGUUCACAUUUUGUAUAAGGACAACAAAAAAUUCCUCUCCUAUGAGGCGAGCCACAUUUAUUUUAUUUUAUUUUAUUUUAUUUUAUGCUGUGGGUGAGUUCCUUGGUCUUGCAAGCGACGCCUCGGGACGAUGUCGCCUCUUUCGUUCUUUCUUACAUCCUAAUUUUACUUUUCUUCGGGCGGAAAUAAUUUUUCGCCACGUUGUUUUCUCUUUGAACCGUGUGGGAAACUCCGUAGAUCUGCUCCUAGAUCGAUAGGAAAUGAGGGGAGGCUGAGGAGCAGCUGGUGGUGAUCCUUUUCACCACAAAAAGAGAGAAGCAACUUAAAAAACUAAGGAGAAAUUUCCUGACAGUUAGAACAAUUAACCAGUGGAACAACUGCCUCCAGAAGCGGUGAAUGCUCCAACACUGGAAGUUUUUAAGAAGAGACUGGACAGCCAUUGGUCUGAAAUGAUCUAGGGUUUCCUGCCUGAGCAGGGGGUUGGACUGGAUGACCUCCAAGCUCCCUUCCAACUCUUAUUAUUGCUGUUGUUAUGAUGUUGUUGCUUCUCCCAAGCUGACUCGAUCUGUCUGUCUAUCUCCCUCUCUACAUUAUAAAAUCAAGUCUCCAUGGCUGGCUGGGGAAUUCUGGGAGUUGAAGGCCACCCGUCUUAAAAUUGCCAGGGCUGGAAACCCCGGCUCUAAGAUGCUAGAUAUCAAUAGGAUAGAAAAACCUGUGGGAUCGGCAUCCCCGUGGGAGUUCGUUCAGAAACGUCUUUGCAGCGGUGUGCGUUGUGUGUUCCCAGCCCCUGGCAUCCAUGAAGCCGAUCUGGGCAUCCAAACCGUAUCAUAUUUCCCGGGUCCUACUAGUCCACGUCUUCUGCUUCCCUCAAGCAAGGCAGGACAUUGGGGUGGUGAAGAUGGAGACUGGUCAGAGGGGAGCGUUCUGCACCGACCCCCCAGUUUAUCCUGUUCGGGGGCUGAAUAAGGAAUUCAGUCUAAAAGCUGCUGAGCAACUGUGUUGGGGAAGGCAGGCGCCCUGCGGGAUAAAAGUCUAUUUUUAGGGUGGUUUGGAAAUUUCCUCUGGCUACUUCACCAUGUCCAGUGGAACGCUCCUCUCCUCUUUCCUGCUUUCCUUUCCUCCUCCUCCUCCUCCUCCUUCUCCCUCCUCCUGCAAACAGCACAUAGCCAGGGCCACAAAUGGGGAGACCACGCCUAGCAAAGACAGGAAUGCUCGCAGCUUCUCGGAGGGAAACUCAGCCAAGUUAAGGAGCUCAUUCAGAAGGGGACAGCCAGUUGGGGAACAGCCAGCCCAAAACAGCCGAAAGCACACUCGGGAGGGUGGUGUUUCUCGACCGGAUGCAAAGCUGUUCCCUUGCCACGCUGACAAGAACCGUGUCGUGCUGCUGCUCCUGCUGCUGCUUUGCUGGAAAAGGCACUUUCCCUGGAGCUUUGCAGAAAAAGCCACUUUUGCCGGAGCUUUGCAGGAAAAGCCACUUUCUCCGGAGCUUUGCAGGAAAAGCCACUUUUGCACCGUUCCCGGUCUUGGCGAAAAAUUGCUGGUUGGGUCCCGGGCACCAUGCCGCACAACAUACCAUCCAUGAGCUCAGAUUUCCAGCAUUACAGUUUCAGGAUGCCAAACAUUGGAUUCCAGAACCUGCCUCUCAACAUAUACAUCGUGGUCUUCGGCACCGCAAUUUUUGUCUUCAUCCUCAGCUUACUUUUCUGCUGCUAUUUGAUAAGAUUAAGACAUCAAGCCCAUAAAGAGCUUUACGCCUACAAACAGGUUAUCCUAAAGGAAAAGGUCAAAGAACUCAAUUUGCACGAGAUCUGUGCGGUUUGUUUAGAAGAAUUCAGACCCAAAGAUGAACUGGGAAUUUGUCCCUGCAAGCAUGCGUUCCAUAGAAAAUGUCUCAUUAAAUGGUUGGAGGUCCGGAAAGUUUGCCCCCUGUGCAACAUGGCAGUCCUGCAGCUGGCCCAGCUCCACAGCAAGCCGGAUCACCCUGGACCCCCCCAGGAACCUCUGCCUGGGACGGCCAACCUCGUAUAGCUCCCUCCUGGCUCCCCCCUUGUCCUCCCGAACGGACUCCAAUUCCCGCAGAGACUUGUUACUCUCGGUCCCUGCUACUCACGGUCUCGGAGCAUUUUCCCGGACCCCCUUUAUCUCAUGAAACACGCCCGGGAUGCACCGAAGGGCAACAGAUGCUCCAACGAGGGAAACAUCAACAAGACGGAGCUUGCAAGGACGCAGGAACGCCGGCGAGGCUCCCGUUUUGUUUGUCUCUUAAUUUUUUUUUUUUUUUCCCUUUUUUUUUUAAUACAUGCACUUUACCCAGGUCAGCUGCCGGGCUUGGAUUCAAAUCAGGCGGCCGACAAGAAAAAGAGAGAGAAAAAGACUCCAAAGAUAAGGAGACUGCCCUGGGGAGCAAGCAUCCAUCUCCACAGAGAGGGGGGGGGGGAAUUGUGGUUUUGGAUUCCAGCAGUUGCGAUGAUCUUUUUUCAGCAAAUUGCUUCGUGGGUCCCAGAGCCGAAAUGCAGCAAGAGAAUCCUCGCCGGAAGAGGAGACGGGAUAGGAAACCAUUCCGUGCAGUUUGUUGCAAUUCCCGCCAUCUCUGAAUCGGUUAAAGGAAUACCUUCAGAGGAACACGGUGUUGGUUAAAAACGAGAAUGGGGAGGGUAGUCUGCCCUGAAUUGUGACUUGUGGACGGGGGGCCGCAUUGCCGGUCCAUCCACGCCUCGGUGGAAAAGGGAAGGAAGUAAGGAAGAGGUUCUCGCCAACGUGGGCUACUCUAGGAAACCCGGAGGAACUGAUGAGAAUCCCCUUUAGCCGAAGUAAAUUCUUUGGACUUUGCAGGGACGAUGCGACAGGACGCAACCUUUGUCUCGUUCCCCUAAUGUGAAUCCUUUUCGAGCGGUUUGCCAGCACAGAUCGGCGUCUGCCGGAUUGGUGUGGAUUUGAUUUUCUUUUCCCAAUGUAACGCGAGAUCUAUUUUGGGCCCCAGACUGCAUGUUUUAACGGAUUUUGCAAGAGUGAACAGGCAGAUUUGGGUGGGAGGGUCUCACGAAGUCUAGAGCAAUGGUGGUUAAAAAAAUCUUUCCAGCUCAGCCUUAGGUUGCACACGCUGGUCAAUCACGAUGGAAAAUAAAUAAAAGGAGUGAAAGCCAGUGGAAUUGUGAACACGCCCUUGUUGUGCCUGAAAUCGGGCGAUGUUGCUAAGGAUUACGUUCCCCUCUUGGGCAAAAAUCAGCCAGAACUUGUCAGAUUUUAGCAAAACAUUUUGUUCGAAUUGGGUGAGCAAGAAGUUGGGGUGACUUCUUCCCGUCGCACUUAUAUCCCCCAAUCUGGGGAUUGCCUGGCGUGGGACUACAGCUCCCAAAAUCCCCAGCCAGCCUGGCCCUUCUGAAACUGAGAAUUCUGGGAACAGCAGCCCCCAAACAUCUGGAGGGCAGCUUAGAAUGACAAGCUACCGAAACAUGGACGCUUCCUGUUCAAAUUUUUUUUUUUUAAUUUUCGCUCACAAAAAUCUGGACUUCCAUCCGACUUACGCACUUUUUUGUUCUUUUGUUAGAAGGAGGUCAGUCCAGACAAGACUGAUGGAGAAUUGACCUUAGCAAAAUUGGACUUCUUGAAAAUACCUGCGUGUGUUAGAAUGAGCACGUUUCUAGACCUCAUUGUCCCUGUGAAAAUGUGGAGGCUGCUCCGUCAGGUGCAUUUCAUACAACCGAGGCAGGAAGCGACCUCUUUAGUUUGAUCCCCUCUUUUUUUUGCAGGGAGGUGUUAUUAUUUGUCAAUUGUUUCAAAUUGUUCGGAGGACGCAAGCAGGGGCUCCUUAUCCAGUAUUGCAACCAUCAGUGUAGUUUUUCUAAUAUUGGUAUAUAGACCAUCGGCGUCCAACCUUGGCAGCUUUUAAGACCUGCGGACUUCAACUCCCAGAAUUCCCCAACCAGCUAUGGUGAGUGGGGAAUUCUGGGAGUUGAAGUCCCCAAGUCUUCCUUGUUGCCGUGUUUGGACACCCUGACAUAGACUGUUCCUUCAAGCCCACACAUAUAAUAAGAUAACUUCCUGAUUUCUGGCAGAAAUUUUGUGGUGCUGGCGAUAACGGCUGAGGUUUACAGAUUUCUUGAGAAGAUCCAAGUUCAGUUGUACCCCCUUCUGUUUUUUUUCCUCCCCCCCAUUAUUUUGUAAAUUGUGUGACUCUUGAGAGUUUAUGAACCUUAGGGAUCCGACCUGGAUUCAUAGACGCACUUGUACACUAAUAUAUAUAUAUGUGUGUAUGUAUGUACGUACAUACGUACAUACGUACAUAUACCAUAUAUAUGUGUGUAUACACACAUAUACGUGUGUGUAUGUAUAUAUGUAUAUGUGUGUCUAUAUAUAUAUAUACACGUAUAUAUACACACACAUAUAUAUAUAUAAAUUCUGCAGCAGAAUUUUUUUUUUAAAAGAAAAGGACAAAACAAGUCGCUGGGGUUUUAUUUUAUAAGCUCUAUUUUUGUAUAUUUAAUUGCUGUUUUAAAAUUCUAAUGCAUCUUUUUUGCUAAUCACACUCUUCUUAAAAAAAACAACAAUGGGGCGGGGCGGGCGUUCGCAUGUGAUUUGACUUGAAUUGUAAAUAAAAAGCAAAUUUUGGACAUCA